AUGGCCAGAGUCUGGUCACCUUGACGGACAAUAUGCCUAACGAGCUGGGUAUUAAGAAGCUCCCCUCCGACGGCCCGUCUGCGUUGCUGGAGCUGAAGCCCCGCUCCAGCCCUCACCUCCCUCUGGCGCUCAUGGCUGGCAUCAACCAUCACCGCAUCCUAGCGGGGUACAGCCUCCAACUUACGAUUCACCAUGCCAACGGGGAGAGCAAGACAUCUAUGUUCGAGUGGCCGCGCAUCUACUUGCUACCGAACGUGGCUGCCGCCUUUCUCGAGCUCAUGGCCCGCUCCCUCUCGGCGAGCAACCUCUCGCAGCUAUACCCUGUCCCUUCUCGCCAGUCUCGACGAUGUCGCCGCUCUUGCCGAGGCGCCCGCGAUCCCUGACAUAUUGCCGGAGCUGCGGCUUCAGGCCGAGGCCGCCAUGAUGGGCCGCCUUCGUCAGUCGUGCUCCGCGCUCAACAGCGAUUGGCGCACCAACAUCCGGGAGAAGCUCGGCAAAUCAAACAAGAUGGGCAAUCAGUGGCUGCCUCCUGCCGACAAGGAGCGGGCGCCGAUCGAGUUCGACGCCGUCCUCGGCAUCGAUGCGCGGGAGGGCAAGGUCUAUUACGCGUAUCGUGAGCGCGGUGACUCUUCGCCCAUCGCUGCCCACGAGUGGAACCUCAUUCCCGACGAGAAGCUUUACACUCCAACCCGCCGAGUCAUCAACCACUGUCGACAGCUCCUUGACCUUGCUCCGCUUCCCGUCUUCACGCAUGACGGCGCCAAGAAGAUGUCGUUCGACGAGCACUUCGAGUUGCUCGGCAACGGCACCUUCCCCGUCUUUAUUCUGGCGAGUAUGUGCCGCAUGCUUGGGGUCGACAAGAAGGUCGGGUUGCAAAAGGAUGCCAUUGAUGUCCUUGGCAAGGGAGUGAAAGGAUGGGCGCGUGUUGACGUCGGCGCCAAAAUGCUCAAGGUGAGAGGGCUAAGGUCGACACGCGAGUACAGGGUCAAUACGACCAACGUCCCCGCAGUUGUCGAAGCCUUCCGAAAGGAGCAAGAGAGGAGGGAGAAGGAGGCAAGGAAGGAGACAGAAGAGGCGGAGAAGGAGACCGCAAAGAGGGCGUCAGAGCAGAAGAGGGACGGGGAUGGCAACGAGGAUAGCGAGGACAGCGAGUGGACGGGCGACUCGGACGAUGAGGACUCCGAGUGGGAGUGAGGGUAGAGGUCGAGAGAGAUGCGACUGAGGUCGUGGUGGUGGUGAGGCAGACGUGGAGCGCCGCUGGUCGCGAGUAUACGUC